AUGAGUUCGGCCAGACUGCCGCCACCCGCGUACUACUAUCUCCAAGCAUCGAAAAAUGAGGACGGCGAAGAUGAUGAGGAUUUAUACGAUUCCAACGGCACUCUUAUUACUUCCGACUACCUAAACGAUGUGGUUGCCCAAUCCAUGUCCAACUUGUACAGAGUUCUCUACGAUUCUAAAGACAAUCCGCUGUACAAGUGCAAUGAGUGCGACACGAUCCUUCGCAACACCGGGCACUUGGUAGGCCACAUUGCCGUGCACACGGGCGAGAACCCUUACGUUUGUCACCUGUGCCAGCGUCCGUUCUCCAAUUCCACGCGUCUGAAACUCCAUCUUAAGGUCCACUGCAUCAUGAAACCGCAACCCGGAUUGACGGUGACACGCGUAUCCAGGUUAUCUCCGCACGGCCCACCGACUGCGACGACAAGUAUCCCGAAUCUCGAGAUAUCGGUUAAGAACGACGAUUCUACGGCCAAAUGGCGGUGCAUUGAGUGUGGCGAUAACUUCCCGAAAAUCAAACUCUACCAACACAUGAAGCAGCACCUGAUGGAGAAAAACAUUUUCGUAGAGAAAACGCACAGUUGCGUGCGCUGUGGAGUAACUUUUGAUAAAACCCAGGCACUUCAGCGGCAUUCGGAUGAGUGCACCGGUGAAGUAUCGGAAAUUACCAAGGGAAGACACUAUAUCAACUCGGAGGUGGAGUUGGUGCCUCUCCGAAAACCCGACUCGGAUUCGGAUGUGAAUCCCAUCGAAGCUAAUCCAAUUCUAUCCGGAUUGUUGAUGAGAGAGCGUUCCGAACUACCGGCUGCUGGAAUGAUGGCAUCAUCGGACCACGAGGAGCAGCGACCUAUGUCCGAGUCAUGGCGAUCACCGGAAGGUUUGCCCGGGGACGCCACUCCCGACGCAGGUUUCGUGAUCAGCUCCGUGGCUACCGUAGAUGAAAAGUUUCUUGAAAGUCUCGCACAAAUGGAGCUUCAAGCGCGCACACCGGAGCCCGACGAGGUACCAGAAACAGAAACAGAGCCCGAGAAAUUGCUCAGUUCGUCAGACGAUAACAUUCCCACCUGCGGUAUCUGCGGCAAGGCAUUCAACGAGCCGUUCGGUUUGCGACAGCACAUGCGCAUUAAGCACGCCAAUACGAAGCCGUACAAGUGUCCGGAGUGUAAGAAAAGUUUCUCCCAGGAACGCUACAUGCUGAUCCAUUUGCGCAUUCACAUCAGCGCUCGACCCUUCAUCUGCAUCGUCUGCUACAAAACGUUCACACGCGCCGCGGGCCUUCACGGGCACAUGGCCUCGCAUGCGCACGAUACGAUCCAGUGCAUCGAGUGCUCGCAGGUUACAUUUAGCGUACAAAACUACGCCCGCCACAUCGAUAGUUGCCAUCCAAACUUUUGCCACCGUCUCGACCAGAUCAAGCUGGACAAGCCGGAGCACGAGCGGUUCAGGUUUUUGCGCCAGCUGCUGGCCCAAAGCCUUGUGGCCAUUGCCGACUCACAGGCACCACCGGAUACCGGAGCUUCCGGUCAGACGUAG